AUGAACAUGUCAGUGUUGACUUUGCAGGAAUACGAAUUCGAGAAGCAGUUCAACGAGCAUGCGGCCAUCCAGUGGAUGCAGGAGAACUGGAAGAAAUCAUUCCUGUUUUCAGCUCUCUACGCUGCCUUUAUAUUUGGUGGUCGGCACCUGAUGAACAAACGAGCAAAAUUUGAACUGAGGAAGCCACUAGUGCUCUGGUCCCUGAGCCUUGCUGUCUUCAGUAUAUUCGGUGCUGUUCGAACUGGUGCUUAUAUGCUGUACAUUUUGAUGACCAAAGGCCUGAAGCAGUCAGUGUGUGACCAGGGUUUUUACAUUGGACCUGUCAGCAAAUUCUGGGCAUAUGCAUUUGUGCUAAGCAAAGCACCCGAACUAGGUGAUACAAUAUUCAUUAUUCUUAGGAAGCAGAAGCUCAUCUUCUUGCACUGGUACCAUCACAUUACUGUGUUACUUUAUUCUUGGUAUUCCUACAAGGACAUGGUGGCUGGUGGUGGCUGGUUCAUGACCAUGAACUACGGAGUGCACGCCGUUAUGUACUCUUACUAUGCCUUGCGGGCUGCUGGCUUCAGAGUCUCACGCAAGUUCGCCAUGUUCAUCACCUUGUCGCAGAUCACUCAGAUGCUGAUCGGUUGCGUGGUCAAUUACCUGGUCUUCUCCUGGAUGCAGCAGGGCCAGUGCCAUUCCCACGUGCAGAACAUCAUCUGGUCCUCUCUCAUGUACCUCAGCUACUUUGUGCUCUUCUGCCAUUUCUUCUUUGAGGCCUAUAUUGGCAAAACCAGAAAAGAAAGGAAGGUUGACUAG